GCGUCCGAGUCGGGCAUCGAGAUCCUCGUCUCCCGCACGAUCGUCGAAGGCGCCCCCAUUUCGUCUCUCCGCUUCCUGGACGGCGACACGGACGCCUCCGCGCUCGUGCUCACGGCAGCGGACCUCUGCAUGGGCUGGGACCCGCUGGAAGACCCAGCGAACCUCCGAGGUGCAGGUGCGCCUGAGCCCGAGCUGUCGUUCUUCUUCCGCGUGAGGGUGGCGCGAGGAGCGAUCACCGCCGCGGACAUGGGCCUGGGCCCCGGUGCCUGGUGCCCCGCGGAGCUGCUGCUGCUCGGCACCGACGAGGGCGUGCUGGAGGUCCACGAGCUGAGGCUGAGCGACCCAGAGCAGCGGCCGGAGCUCCGGAGCGUGAUUGACGUCGGGCAGUGCGUCGUCGCCACCGCGCUGGGCGACCACGGCAGGAUCGCCUUCGCCGCCGCGACCACGGCAGAGGGUGACGACCUCAGCCUGUACGGCUACGACUCGAGCGACGGCAGGUGCACUUGCUCGAUGCAGCCCGGGAUCACCGGCCUCGUCCCUGCUGGCCUGCCCGCCAGAGACCAGAUGUCCCUCGCGCACAACGACCACGAG